CAUUCUCAACUGAUCAAGUCAACUUAUUCAAAUCAUGAAAUCUAAAGAAACUCUCAAUCCCACCACUUUACACUAUGAAUUUGGUGGUAAAAUAGGGGCCUUUGGAAUCUCUUUAUCAGUUCCUUUCUUUACCUAUUGGAUGAACAUCGUAUGCAAUAAAUCAACAGAAUGCAGGUUAUCAUAUCCUAUCUUCGAUCUACCAACACUAUGGUCUCAAACCAAUCUUUUCAGUCUUGAAGUUUGUGCGGUUUAUUUAGGAUGGUAUUUUUAUAUCAUGACUUGUUGGUGUUUAUUACCGGGUAGAAGGGUUCAAGGUACAAUCUUAAGAGAUGGUUCAAGAUUGACUUAUAAAAUUAACGCCUUUGCGACUUUCUUGUGUACCUGUGCACUGACGGCAAUAACUCUUUGGAAACUCGGUUCUUGGCCAUUUAUUUAUGUGGUCGAUCACUACGUUGAGUUCAUCACUGCGAGCUUAAUAAUGAGUGUCACACAAGCAUUUUAUUGCUAUUGGAGUAGUUUUCGAAAAGAUCGAAUUCUAGCCCUAGGUGGAAAUAGUGGAAAUUUUAUAUAUGAUUGGUUUAUCGGACGUGAACUUAAUCCACGUAUUGGUUCAUUCGACAUCAAAACGUUCAACGAAAUGAGACCAGGAUUAAUCUUAUGGGCUUUACUAGACUUUUGUUGGAUCAUCAAACAAUUUAACGAUUUCGGUAGAGUAUCAAAUAGCAUUCUGUUAACCUUUGGGUUUCAGUUAUGGUAUGUUUUUGAUGCUGAAUUUAAUGAAGAUACUAUCCUCACUCAAAUGGAUAUCACUACCGAUGGAUUUGGAUUUAUGCUCUCAGUUGGAGAUCUUACUUGGGUCCCAUUCACUUAUUCUCUUCAAUUACUUUACUUAUCCUUCACACCCAUCGAUCUCACCUUAUUAGAAUUGGGAUCUAUCAUAUUGGUUCAAUUAGUUGGAUAUUAUAUCUUUCGAGUUAGUAAUGAGGAGAAGAAUGAAUUCAGAUUCAAGAAGUCUAAUCCCAAAAAUCUCACGUUCAUUGAAACCAAGAGAGGCACCAAGCUUUUGACAUCCGGUUGGUGGGGUCGAUCAAGACAUCCUAAUUACCUAGGCGAUUGGAUUAUGGCUUGGGCCUGGUGUUUACCAACUGGCUUUCAAACUCCCAUCACAUAUUUUUAUGUGAUUUACUUUGGAAUCUUAUUGGUUCAUCGUCAACUUCGAGAUGAAGAAGCUUGUGCACAAAAGUAUGGUGCCGAUUGGAUCAGAUACAAAAAUAUCGUUCGUUGGAAAAUCAUACCUUAUAUUUAUUGAAAGAUAUCUCAAUUCUCUUAACUUGAAUACAUAGCGACCAGUACAUUUAUUAUUGAAUAUUAUAAGAUCUAAGUUGUUGAUGACAAUUACUAAAUUACCAGAGUUUGCUCAAUAAAUCCUUUCUCUACCAUCAAUUUUUGUGGUCAC